AUGUCAUUGAAAACUCAACAGAUGGAGGCGCUGACUAUGCUAUGCGAAGAAUCGCAGAUAUUAAAGUUCCCUAUUGGACCUCUAGCGCAUAUUGGUUAUUUCACCCGGAGUGUGGAUGUUAUCCUGACGGCAGCCGACAAAGCAGCAAUCAUUGACCCAUACUCCUUGGAGGCAUGCGAUUACAGGAUAACUUGGACAUGGAUAAUGAAUGGUUAUAUUUGGAGGCGAUGCAAGAAUGCCGGAGAUGACAGUUUCACAAAAGUAUCAUAUUUCAGAGGGUCCACGACUUGGGGAUUGAGUUUUUGGAAUCUGGACGAGAGUGUAAAAUUUGGAUACACCAGCCGAUCUAGCUUUUGGUGGAAUCGCAAUAGAGAAGUUCUUGUCGAAUUCCCCGCUCCAUUUCCCCCGGUCAUUCCAUCCUUGUGCUCGGCCUGCUAUGAUUCCAUACGAAGGAGUA